UGACCAGCAAACUGAUCACGGAGCAUCAGAACCUCUGUUACAACAGCGAAGGCAACUUAUUACACAAAACCUACAGAAAACAAAAUAAAGAAGAAUAAUGAAGAUUUUUUGGAUACUGCUACUUGUUGCUGGCAUCCAGAUGAUGACCACAGCUGCUCAAACAACCACAACGGGUCCAGCAACAAACACAGCUGCUCCGACAACAACCACAGCUGCUCCAACAACCCCCACAGCUGCUCCAACAACCACAGUUGCUCCAUCAACCACAGCUUCUGUCUCAACCGCAGCAGCUGCAACAACAACUACAGCUGCUCCAACUACAACCACAGCUGCUCCAACAACUACAGCUGCUCCAACAACCACAGCUGCUCCAACAACCCCCACGACUGCUCCAACAACAACAGCUGCUGCAACAACAACCACUGCGGCUGCUCCAACAACCACAGCUGCUGCAACAACCACAGCUAAUCCAACAACCACAGCUGCCCCAACAACCACAGCUGCUCCACCAACCACUGCUGCUGCAACGACUACAGCUGCUACAACAACCACAGCUGCUGCAACAACGACCACAGCUGCUAUAACAACCAUAGCUGCUGCAACAACAACCACCGCUGCUGCAACAACCAAAACAGCUGCUCCAACAACCACAGGUGCCCCAACAACCACAGCUUCUCCAACAACCACGGCUGCUGCAACAACGACCACAGCUGCUCCAACAACCACAGCUGCUCCGACAACCACUGCUGCUCCAACAACCACGGCUACUGCAACAACCACGGCUGCUGCAACAACAACCACAGCUGCUCCAACAACCACAGCUGCUCCGACAACCACUGCUGCUCCAACAACCAUGGCUACUGCAAAAACCACGGCUGCUGCAACAACAACUGCUGCAGCAACAACAACCACAGCUUCUCCGACAACCACGGCUGCUGCAACAAUAACCACAGGUGCUCCAACAACCACAGCUGCUGAAACAACUACAGCAGCUGCUCCAAAAACCACAGCUUCUCCAACAACCACGGCUGCUGCAACAACGACCACAGCUGCUCCGACAACCACUGCUGCUCCAACAACCACGGCUACUGCAACAACCACGGCUGCUGCAACAACAACUACUGCUGCAACAACAACCACAGCUGCUCCAACAACCACAGCUGCUGCAACAACAACAACUGCUGCAACAACAACCACAGCUGCUCCAACAAGCAGGGCUGCUGCAACAACGACCACAGCUGCUCCAACAACCACAGCUGCUCCGACAACCACUGCUGCUCCAACAACCACUGCUGCUCCAACAACCACGGCUACUGCAACAACCACGGCUGCUGCAACAACGACCUCAGCUGCUCCAACAACCACAGCUGCUCCGACAACCACUGCUGCUCCAACAACCACGGCUACUGCAACAACCACGGCUGCUGCAACAACAACAACUGCUGCUGCAACAACAACCACAGCUGCUCCAACAACCACAGCUGCUGCAACAACAAGUGCUGCUGCAACAACAACCACAGCUGCUCCAGCAACCACAGCUGCUGCAACAACAACCACAACUGCUCCAACAACCACAGCUGCUGCAACAACCACAGCUAAUCCAACAACCACAGCUGCUCCAACAACCACAGCUGCUCCAACAACCACGGCUGCUGCAACAACGACCACAGGUGCUCCAACAACCACGGCUGCUGCAACAACGACCACAGCUGCUCCAACAACCACAGCUUCUCCAACAACCACAGCUGCUGCAACAACAACCACAGCUGCUCCAACAACCACAGCUGCUCUGACAACCACUGCUGCUCCAACAACUACGGCUACUGCAACAACCACGGCUGUUGCAACAACAACUACAGCUGCUCCAACAACCACAGCUGCUGCAACAACAACCACAACUGCUCCAACAACCACAGCUGCUGCAACAACCACAGCUAAUCCAACAACCACAGCUGCUCCAACAACCACUGCUGCUGCAACAACCACAGCUGCUGCAACAACGACCACAGCUGCUCCAACAACCACAGCUACUGCAACAACAACCACGGCUGUUGCAACAACAACCACGACUGCUGCAACAACAACCACAGCUGCUCCCACAACCACAGCUGCUGUAACAACCACAGCUGCUCCAACAACUACAGUUGCUCCAGCAACCACAGCUGCUCCAACAACCACUGCUGCUGCAACGACUACAGCUGCUCCAACAACCACGGCUGCUGCAACAACGACCAUAGCUGCUACAACAACCACUGCUGCUCCAACAACCACAGCUGCUGCAACAACCACAGCUAAUCCAACAACCACAGCCGCCCCAACAACCACAGGUGCUCCAACAACCACAGCUGCUGCAACAACAACCACAACUGCUCCAACAACCACAGCUGCUGCAACAACCACAGCUAAUCCAACAACCACAGCUGCUCCAACAACCACUGCUGCAGCAACAACCACAGCUGCUGCAACAACGACCACAGCUGCUCCAACAACCACAGCUGCUGCAACAACGACCACAGCUGCUGCAACAACUACAGCUUCUCCAACAACCACGUCUGCUGCAGCAACAACCACAGCUGCUGCAACAAACACUGCUGCUCCAAUAACCACAGCUGCUCCAACAACCACAGCUGCAACAACAACCACAGGUGCUCCAACAACCACGGCUGCUGCAACAACGACCACAGCUGCUGCAACAACCACAGCUUCUCCAACAACCACGGCUGCUGCAGCAACAACCACAGCUGCUCCAACAACCACAGGUGGUCCGACAACCACGGCUACUGCAACAACCACUGCUGCUCCAACAACCACGGCUACUGCAACAACCACGGCUGCUGCAACAACGACCUCAGCUGCUCCAACAACCACAGCUGCUCCGACAACCACUGCUGCUCCAACAACCACGGCUACUGCAACAACCACGGCUGCUGCAACAACAACAACUGCUGCUGCAACAACAACCACAGCUGCUCCAACAACAACAGCCGCUGCAACAACAACUGCUCCAACAACCACAGCUUCUGCAACAACGACCACAGCUGCUCCAACAACCACAGCUGCUGCAACAACGACCACAGCUGCUGCAACAACUACAGCUUCUCCAACAACCACGUCUGCUGCAGCAACAACCACAGCUGCUGCAACAAACACUGCUGCUCCAACAACCACAGCUGCUCCAACAACCACAGCUGCCCCAACAACCACAGGUGCUCCAACAACCACGGCUGCUGCAACAACGACCACAGCUGCUGCAACAACCACAGCUUCUCCAACAACCACGGCUGCUGCAGCAACAACCACAGCUGCUCCAACAACCACAGGUGGUCCGACAACCACGGCUACUGCAACAACCACUGCUGCUCCAACAACCACGGCUACUGCAACAACCACGGCUGCUGCAACAACAACCACAGCUGCUCCAACAACCACAGCUGCUCCGACAACCACUGCUGCUCCAACAACCAGGGCUACUGCAAAAACCACGGCUGCUGCAACAACAACUGCUGCAGCAACAACAACCACAGCUUCUCCGACAACCACGGCUGCUGCAACAAUAACCACAGGUGCUCCAACAACCACAGCUGCUGAAACAACUACAGCAGCUGCUCCAAAAACCACAGCUUCUCCAACAACCACGGCUGCUGCAACAACGACCACAGCUGCUCCGACAACCACUGCUGCUCCAACAACCACGGCUACUGCAACAACCACGGCUGCUGCAACAACAACUACUGCUGCAACAACAACCACAGCUGCUCCAACAACCACAGCUGCUGCAACAACAACAACUGCUGCCUGCUGCAACAAAAACCACAACUGCCCAAAAAACCCCAGCGAACCAAAACCACAGCUAAACCCCAACCCCAGCUGCUCCCAAAAACCCCUGCUGCAGCAAAACACAGCUGUGCAAAAAACGACCCCGCUGCUCCAACAAAAACCCCAGCUUCGGGAAACGACCCCAGUGCUGAAAAAAAACUACAGCUUCUCCACCCAAAAACGUUGGGUGCAGCAACAAAAACCCCGCUGCUGCAACAAAACCCCUGUUUCUCCCCAAAAACCACAGCUGCUCCAAAAACCACAGCUUUCCAACCCAAAAACCACAGGGUCCCCAACAACCCCCGGCUGCUGCAACAACGACCACAGCUGCUGCAAAACCACGGCUUCUCCAACAAACCCGGCUGCUUUCAGGAAAACCACGCGCUCCCAAAACCCCAGGGGGGUUUCCCAAAAACGGCUACUGCAAAACCACGGCUGCCGCAACAACAACAAUUGCUGCGCAAAACAAACCAAAAGUGUCCAAAAAACCACAGCUGCCCGCAAAAAAACCACAACGCUCCAACAACCCCUUCUGCUGCAACAACCCCGCUUUAAACCCAAAAACCACCCGCCCGCUCCAAAAACCACAGUUUUCUCCCCAACCAAACAGCUGCUCCAACAAAACAAACUGCCUUUUCCCAAAGGGGCCCAGCCUGCUCCAACAAACCACAGUUUCUCCAACUUUAAAACGCUGCUCCAAACCCACCACCCCGUUUCUCCCAAAAAACGGGGUGCCCCCAACAAACCCCAGCUGCCCACAACGACCCCCCGGCCCCCAUCCCAAAAACACAAAGGGCCCCGCUGCCCAACAACAACCACGGGGGUGCCUGCAACAAACAGGGGGCUGGUUUUCCAACAAACAACCACCAGGGGUUUCUCCAAACAAAGCUCGGUGCUUGCCCCCAAAAUCGACCCCCAGCCCGGCUUCCCAAAAAAACCUCCCCGGUCCGACAACCCUUCCCUUUCCCCCAACAAAACCCCUUUCCCCGCCCCCAAACAACCGGCUUACUUUUACAAACAACCACCCCGGGGUGCCCCGCCCAACCCCAAAAAACCCCUAGCCCCCCUCCCCAACCCCCCCAACCCCCCACUCAGUGCCCCGGGCAACCAUUUCCCGCCCCCCAAAACCCCAAACCAAAGGGCCUAA